CGGGAACCUUCACUUGUUACCAGAUCUGUUUAAGAUACGGUGUGAGUUAACACGUGUAUAGUGCUCUUUAAAACCGGUUGUUUUGUGAUACAGUGUAAUGAACGUUAUCUUUGAUUGAUUUGUGUGUUUUGGACAAUGCAAGAUAUUGAGGUCCACUCCCCAAAAAGUGAGAUGUCACCUUACACCAAGUACGAAAGCCCUAUGUCUUCGAGAACCCCAAGCCCAAGCGCUAUGGAGAACACAAUGGACGAAAACACCAAGUACAUGUCUGAUGAUGAGAUCAGUGUUGGAUGUCCAAGUCCUGCCCUACAGUCACCAACAUAUGAAAGAUCCAGAGAAACUAGCCCUUCAUACACGAAACCCAAAUGUAGAUGUCCAGAUACAGACACAGACGAAUACUUCAAACCCCUAAAAAAGCUCAAAAUGGUCGAAUCUGACAGGAGAAUAUCACCAACUGUGGAAGUCGUGGAAGAUUCAAGACCCGACGGAGUGAAAUCCUUCUCCAUAAUGGACAUUCUCAACCACAAACCCGCGAAAACAUGCACCCGAAUCGUAAGACCAUGGGACAUAGACCCAGAAAUGGAGGCCCACCAACAACGCCUAGAAUCCUUCCAAAGACAUUUAAAAGUGCAACAGUUAGCUCUACUGCAACCAGAUUUCGCAGCUUUCAAUGCAAGUUACACGUCGGAAACUGGCAGUGAUAGAUCCAGUAGUGUGGCCAGCGACUGUUGCAGUCCUGACAUCGUUCCGCCGUCGGCUCAAAGGCAAAGGCAGCAGCAAGGAAAACAACCGGGCGCCACACCUUUAGACGCACUUUUCCAGAUGACAUCCAAGACUUUUGACUCUUCUACCGGCGAAUCAAGUGCAGACGGUCAAAACCACCUGAACCUCUUCAACAACCGGCAGCAACCAAAGAAAAAGCGGAAAUCCCGUACAGCCUUCACGAACCACCAGAUCUUCGAGCUGGAAAAACGUUUUCUAUACCAAAAAUACCUGAGUCCGGCCGAUAGAGACGAAAUCGCAUCGAGUUUGGGCCUGACGAACGCGCAAGUGAUAACGUGGUUCCAGAACAGGCGAGCGAAGUUAAAACGCGACAUGGAGGAACUGAAAAAGGACGUGGAAAGUGCGAAAAUUUUAACGGCGACUAAGAGUUUUUUAGAGAAUGUGCAAGACUUGGGUAUGUUAAAGAAAAAAGCCAUGAUAAGUGACGAUUGUCCGAAAAAUUUAGUGAUGAACCAGGACAAAUAAAACCAUGUGAAUUAUCAUCUUAAGUUAAGUUUUCAGUCACAAACAUUCAAUGUUUAAAAAUGUGUUUUUUUUUAAUUUAAGAUGGUGAUUUUUAGGAUAAUUACAUAAGCUGUUUUGUCGAGAAUAUCGUCUAAAUUUCAUUUAAUCAGUUAGUAUCAAAUAGGCUGUGACCAAACAGGAUAAAAUAUCAAAUUUUGCAUCAGUUAAAAGUUUCACUCACUUUUGUUUUCCUUCAUUUCAAGAACAAAAGUGAAUGAAACUUAUAAAUCAAAUACAAUAUAAUCUUGAUGAAAACAGCAAAAAACUAAUUUUGUACAAAUCUUACUAUUACCUACUAAAUAUUC